UUGGGUAGUUUCGUUACAUGUGUACAAGUACUCAUCCUAUUUUUAAUUACGGUUUUUGUCUUUCUCUCCUACGUAUAUACACAGUUGUACGCAUUCCUCUGUUAUACGCAAUUCCUCCCUUUCUUAACAAGGUUUUGUUUAUAUAUAUGUAUAUUGACAUGGUAUUUCUCCACUUUUCGGUGAUUUUGAUCUAGUGGAUUGGAAUCGAACCAGGUUUUGAUUUUUUUCACAGAUUACCGUGAGUUUGUGAGAGAGCGAGUGUUUCAUUAUUGGUUAUCCUUCAAUGUUGUCAGCAUCCGCCUCUUCUACAACUAGAGACCACAUUAUCGAUGCUUAUUAAUAGAAAGUGAAGAAUCGUUUGCAUCAACUGGUGGGCCAGUGCUAACUGGCACUGAAGGUCGAACAGUUCCACCCCAGACACACUAUCUCUCCCCUCUGCGAUUGUUCCACCAAAUAUCUGUCCACGACUAUCAAUAUCUGGCAUUUUGCAUGCUGGUCUUUUCGUUUGGAAAAGUGUCGUGUUGAAAAAGAAUUUUAUGGCCAUAUCGAUGAUGCGGUAGCUGAGAGUGAAACUGAACAUGCUUACUUUUCAAAGUAAGCACUUGUGGAUAGUAGGAAUUUUAUGAUCCUGACAUAUUCAAUCAUAUUGAUUGAUAUGGGGUCUGUUCUGAGUUUACCUUUCAAAGUUUCUGCAGAAGGUCACCAAAUAAAUCAUGUUCUUGAAUCUUCUUGACAUUACUUAUCUCAAGGUGAUCAAUUUGCUUGAGUAUUUUAUUCAGCUCCAAGAGGUAUGAUGUUGUCAGCUUUUUUCAAAGGAGUCCCUGGUAAGUUUCUGCAGUUCUACAAUCAAAAUAGUUCCAUUUGCUCACAUGGUGAAAUGCCCUUUUUGAUUACAUGGUUCCAUUUACAUGUUAGUUAAAUGCCAUCCAUUGAUUCCAUGUUGAUGCCUCUGCAAAAGUAUUAUGGGAAUAGGUACUGUCAAUAGUCAUACAUGGCGCUCUUGGUUUCCUGAAAGCCAAUGAAACAUUUGACGUUUCAGUUCUUGCUGUAGUUACCGCUGAAUGCUUCCUGUCUUUCAUUCCUCAUUCUGUGUUUUCCAAUGUAUGAAAUUACUGUUUUCCAAUGUAUGAAAUUACUUGAGAUUUAAUGCUAGUAUUGUUAAGUAAUAUACAUAUAUAUUGCUAAUUGGCACAAGUGACCUAGGAACCUUAGUUAACAUCACGUUGUUAUAUCCAUGAAAAAAAUACCAUGUUGGCCUAGCCUCCAAAAAUUUUUCCCUUCAAAUUUGUCAACAUCGACCAACAUAUGAAGUGGCCAAGAGAUCUUAUUAUUAAAAGCUUUUUCUUGGUAGUGGACAGCCUGCUCUAGAUUGCUUAUCCAUUGAGAACACCCUUAUUUCCAUGUAGCCAGUCUUGGAUUUAUCUUCCUUAUACUUAUGAAGGACAUUCAUAUUUAUCAAGGUGCUCUUACCGAUUACUGACAAGACAAAAUAGUUGCUUACCAUUGAUUGGUUUCUUCUGUUACUUCUUGUUUGACUUACCUGGAAUCUUGUGUUACUAAACUAGCUACGAACCUCAUCUCCAAGAAAAACUUAUUCCAAAGAAAUGGAUUUACCUUCCCUUAAUGUGAUUUUCUUGUGCAGGAUUUUGUGACCGGAAAGUUGAUUGUAAAAAGAUAUAAGGUGCUGCAUCUCUUUUAUCUGGUUUUUCAUGGUGGCACCCCCUCUGGAGGUCAUGCAAGAGGUAUUACCAUAUUCUGGACCAAAGUGACUGACAUGUGGCAUUUGGUCCAUUCGUUGGAAUAUUGGGAUUUGGGAAUGGAUAUAUAUGUAUAUCCAUUGUCUAGCAUAAAGCUUGUUGAUUACUCAAGGUUUUAUCGAUCGUGGUAUUGACUAUGAAAACUUUCUUCCAGUGGGAAAAGAGGAUGGUUUUGCCUUUUGGUUUAUAGUUCUCUGCUGCACAAUCUUUGCCAUCAUUCCAGAUCUAUAUAUGGAAUACACUUCUUCUGAGGGAUGUGUAUGAGGUACUCUUGAGCAAUGCAACAUCCAAUGAAUGCAGGACAAAGAAAUGUGCUGUGCUCGGCUCAAAUGUUUGAUGUAGAAAUGGAACCAGGACAGAGCAAUCUGCGCCCUGAACCCUGCAUUUUCUUGGGUGCACUUAUGGAUAUUCCAAGCUCUAGCAACCAUCCAGGAAUAUCAGCUCCGGGAAACAUUGAUUUGAGCAAUCCACAAAGACACCCAAGCAGUUAUUUUAAUCAAAACGAAUACCAUCACCCUAUUACUCCUCCAAAUUUGGGAAUUGCUCCUUCUGAAUUGCCCUACAAUCCAUACAUAAUUCAUUCAGCUGCUGGGCCCUUCUGUCCAAUUCCACCAAAUCAUGCUUUGAAUCACAGGAACACUACUGGAAUUGGGGCAGAGGAGUUCAAUAGAGCAGAUAAUUUUAUGGACAAUGGAAGAGGGUCAUGCAAAAGAAAGAGUGUAGAAGGCAUGGGUGGUGACUACUCUUAUCCCGGGCCAAUGGGCUCAUUUGUUUGUGAAGGGAGUAGCAGCAACUCAGGCAUGCAUCAUGGUGCUUCAAGCUCUUCAUCUGGCACUGUAAAUGGAAUGAGACAAUGGGAAGAAGCAUUAGGGUCUAGAACGGGUAUGUCUCUUGAUUACAGGGGAAGUGCUGCCCUUUCUAUCGUAGAAGGAUCGGAGAGAAGCGUCAGGAGCAGAUCUACUGGCAUCAAUCUUUAUCCUGAGACAGCUUUGACUUCUGAUCGUUUCCAAGGAAGUUAUGGUCAUUCUGUCUCUUCUGGGAGCGACCCUUGGGUGGAGCCCCUGAGGAGUGGUGAUGGAACAGGUUCUAGUUGGAGUAAUUUACCAGUGCUACCUGGUUUGCACAGGAGAAUCUGGGGCUCUGUUUCUUCAGAAAGCAGAAACCUGAAUCAGGAACCCAACUGGUUUGUGGCAGGAAGAAGCAUCCCAAGUGCUGGUCCAACAGAGAUGGCAGGUGGUGAGGCCAUGCCUAUUGGAAACUUCUGCCAUUCUCCACCAUUGAACCCCCAUCUCCACCAUCACCAACCUCCACCUUUGCAGGCCAUGAGAGGAGGCCAUAACAGCUUCUUUGCACCAGCCAAUACGCAUACUAUGAACCCAAACAACCACCAUAUCCAAUUUCAUCCACACCUUUCAAACUCUUAUCGGGAUGGAUGGAGAUAUACUAGAUCGUUCACUGAGAGGUUGGCUAGACCUCUUGCUACCUUGUCUUUUCAGAGACCAUUGCAACUGCCUCAUGCUGAUGGACGUGCAAGGAUGAUCUCUGAGGAUGUUAUGAUGGUGGAUCGCUCGGCAUUCUAUGGCGGCUUGGGAAGCUUGAAUGAUCAGCAUAGGGAUAUGAGAUUGGAUAUUGAUGACAUGUCUUAUGAGGAACUGCUUGCCCUUGAAGAGCGUAUUGGAGAUGUGAACACUGGGUUAUCGGAAGAAUCCAUUUCUAAGUGUUUGAAGAUGAGAAUCUUCAAUUCCUUCACACAAGUUUUUACUGCACACAAGCCUGAAACAGUAGCCCAGGAGUAUGAAACUUGCAUUAUAUGCCAGGAAGAGUACAGGGAAAAGGAUGAGGUGGGGACACUAGAGUGUGGCCACGAUUAUCAUGCGGACUGUAUCAAACACUGGCUAAUGCUAAAAAAUGUCUGCCCCAUCUGCAAAUCCCAUGCCAUGGAUGGUGAUGCACCAGCCAAGGAUAAGCUGGUCGUGUGAGGCGAAGCACUCUUUACUAGAUUUCGUUUCCAAUAAAUCUCUCUAUGCUGGAUGCAGUAGAUUGUGUUAGCUUUGUACAUAUAGACUGUGGUCAUCAUUUGUUUAUUAUUCACACCCUCAGAAAUUGCAGAGGGUAACUGUUGGAAUUUCAACUGUGUAUAGAGUUAUAAUCUCAUUUUUCAAUGUCUGGAAUUCUUUUGGCA